GCAGGGAGCGAUGCCUUUUACUCCGGUUUCUCGUGAGAACCCGGGGCUUCAGCUUCUCAUUUGCGGAGCCCGUGGCGGCGUUUCCUGGGGCAACAGCAAUGGCGGCGUCGCUGUCCGAGCGGUUCUUCUCGCUGGAGCUGCUGGUGGACUGGGUGCGUUUGGAAGCCCGGCUGCUGCCGCCCCCCGCUGCCGCGGUGGAGCAGGAGGAGGGAGAGGAGGAAAAGGAGCAGGGGGAGGCCUCGUCGCCGCGCGGUCUGUGCCCCGCCGUGGCCUUCCGCCUGCUGGACUUCCCCACGCUGUUGGUUUACCCUCCUGACGGCCCCGGCGCUCCCGCCCCCCAACCGUGGCCCGGUGUCAUCCGCUUCGGUCGCGGCAAGUCUUGCCUCUUCCGCCUGCAGCCUGCUACGCUGCACCGCCGGCUCCUGCGGACCCCGCUUGCCACCUUGCUGCUGCAGCUGCCCCCUGGGCGCCCGACGCCCACCCCACAGCUCCUGGGGGCCUGCGACAUUUCGCUGGCCACCGCAGCGCACAGGGUCGUGGGGUCGGCCGCCUCCGGAUGCUCCCACCGUCACCGGGGACGUUUCCCCCUGCAUAAUCGAGUGGGCGAGCGGACUGGGGACAUUGCACUGGCCUACCGCCUGACUGACCUGGGAAGCCGCCUGCUGGGCCAACUUGAGCGGCCCCUCACCGUCACCCCCACAGGAGGAGGAGCGGAGGUCAGUCCCCAAACCCAGCAGGAAAGACAGCAGCUGCAGCAGCCAGCCUCACAGCCAAGCCCAAAAGAGGCUGAUAGGCCGCUGGGGGAGUUAGAAAUCCCAGAGGCACAGAAGGAUUUGAAGGAAAUGGUUUUCCCAAGUAAGGCCGAAUGUGAUAAUGUGGGUUCUGUGGAGAAUGGCAAAACCAAUUCUGUUGUUACAUGUUCAGGUGCUGGCAAUGGGAGAAAUGUUAGCUCCCUAAAUGAGGAAGUCACAGAAUUGGACAUGGAGACCAAUAUAUUUUGCCCUCCUCCUUUGUAUUACACUAACUUGACCCAAGAAAAACCGCCGCCUGCACAGGCUAAAAUCUCCAUUGAGCCUCAAAUGAAUGUACCUGAGGAAUUGGAUGGUGCUUCUCCUGAAAAAAAGCGUGUAAAUCCCCCAACACACAGGAGUUGUCUAAAACAUCCAAGUUCUGCAGCACAUAAGCAUCCUCCAGUGCUUGUGAAUGCUCCACAUAUUCAGAAUAUAGGAGCAACUAAUCAAACAUGUCAAACUGAACAAAAUCGAAUUAAUACAAUAAGGCAGUUGCCUUUGUUAAAUGCUUUGUUAGUUGAGUUGUCCUUGUUAUAUGACCAACCUGUGACAAGUCCUGCUCAUAUACAUCCUCACCUAGCCUGGUUAUAUAGGACUGAGGAUAAGAAGUCACCCGAAUCUUCUGCCAAAUCCACAUGCCAGUCUGAAUCCAAGAAGGAUAAGCGUUCUAUGGGGGGAUGUGAAAAGUCAGUGAGUCUUCAGUAUAAAAAGAACCAAAUUGAAAACUGUAAGGAAGAUAAAUAUUCUGAAAAGAGCAGUGGUGCCCUCCAUAAAAGAGUUCCAAAAAGGAGGCUACUUUAUGGCUUAACAAAUACACUAAGACUACGUUUAAAGCUGACAAAUCCUGAUAUGUUGGUGGUACAUGAAAAAAGAGAACUAUAUAGAAAAACACGAUCACAAAUGUUGGGUACAAAAUUCAGAAUUCCAUCAUCCAAAGUUAAACUAUUAAGCUCUGCAGAACAAAGUCAGAAGCCACAACUGCCUAAAGAUAAGUAUUUAGAUUCAGAUGCAUCUUUUACUGAAAAUAGUGAUACCUCAAGACAAAUCAGUGGAGUUUUUGAUGAUCCCAGCACAAGUGAAGAAACUAAUGUGAAAUAUGCAACUGAAAAAAAGACAGUUGAUUGUAGUAAAAAUAGAAUCAAUAAUGUUUCAUUGGAAGAAGUUGUGAGUCCUGCAGAUUCCAUUAUUCCAGAAAGGCUUAACCCUGCAAAUAUUCUGGGAGGAAAUGUGGAAAUGAAAAUCCAAAGUCCAUGUGUUUUCCAACAGGAUGCUGUUGUUGACAGAAUUGUAGAUAAGGAAAUAGAUAUUAGACAGGUCAAAACCACAGAUAGUGACAUUCUUAUGGCUGAUAUAAGUGACAAGAGACCAGGUAAAAAUAGUUGCUAUGAAAACAUCUCAGAACUGAAGUAUUCAGAUGAUUUGUCUAGCCCUUGCUAUUCUGAAGAUUUCUGUACCACUGAGGACACCAGCAGAAGUUUAAAAGCUCAUGAUAGCAGUUCAAGGACAGAAAAUCCAAAACAUAGUCAAUAUACAAGCAAGUCUAGUGACACACAAGUGUCCAAAAAGAAAAAUAGUGACAGGAGUUCUAUCCUUAGCCCACCUUUUUCAGCCGGGUCACCUGUGCACUCAUACAGAAAAUUUCCUAUUUCAAAGACUCAGGAUAAAAGUUUGGAGGAAGCAUCUAGUAUCUCUGCUAGUGAUUUAUCUUCAACACAUUGGACUGAAGAAAAAGAAAACCAGAUAGAUCAAAAUAGUAAGCACAAUUCUAAAAUUACAAAAAGAGGUCAAGACAUCUCUGUUAAAACAAGAAGUAGUUGGAAAUCUUUAGAAAAAAGCCAGUCACCACGAACAUCCCAAGUGAGUUCUUACCUGCCUUCAAAUGUGUCCGAACUUAAUGUCCUGGAUAGCAGUACAUCAGAUCACUUUGAAGAAAACAAUGAUGAUGUUGGUUCACUAAAUAUUUCCAAGCAAUGCAAAGAUAUGUGUGAAUUAGUAAUAAAUAAACUUCCAGGAUACACAGUGUAAAAAUACAUGCUUUUAAAAAACUUUCAACAACCUGUGUGUACUGUUAGUGAAAAAAAUUUUAAAGCUGUUUUAGUUCAUGAAUUAUGUGAAUAAUUUUUUAAAGAAAUAUGAAUGUUAUUCCUUUGAUGUUUAAAUGGUAUUUUACCAUUAAAUAUGAUAAUAUUGAUUAUUAAAUCAUAUAAACAGAUUUUAAAUUGUUUAAUCAUGAGAAUAAAAGUGUAUCUUUUUAAAUUGUC